AUGGAUUUGUCAGCCAUCACUAAAGCUCUUAAUGAGCUCUCUACUAAACUAGACCGCAUGGAAGGUGUUGGGCAUGUGCGUAGACAUUGCCCGAACCCGACAGUCAUGGAUAAUUAUCGACCUAAUCUCCAGUCAAACCCGCCUUUUCAACAAAAUAGGAAUACAAUCCCAAACAAAGAAGCCAUUAUGGGCUCAAAUUCGGCGACUACAACACAGGCCCCAGGAGGAGAAAACACUCUGACAACCUUGUCUACAGCCACGACGGCCAAUCAAACUAACCCUGCUUUGUUAGCCGCAUACGAAUACCUUGUCAGAGGUCGAAAAAGGGCUAUCGGACGACACGAUCAACAACGAGGAACAGCCGAUUGA